GCCGGCUCGUCCCCGCCGCGGCCCCGGCGCUCCCCGCAGCCCGCCCGCCCGGUGCGCAGUUCGCCAUGGCGGCCACCGACCUGGAACGCAUCUCGAAUGGAGAGCCUGAGCCCCGGAGCCUGUCCCUGGGCGGCCAUGUGGGGUUUGACAGCCUCCCUGACCAGCUGGUCAGCAAGUCAGUCACCCAGGGUUUCAGCUUCAACAUUCUCUGUGUGGGGGAGACUGGGAUCGGCAAGUCCACACUAAUGAAUACACUCUUCAACACAACCUUUGAGACUGAAGAAGCUAGUCACCACGAGGACUGUGUACGCCUGCGGCCUCAGACCUACGACCUCCAAGAGAGUAAUGUGCAUCUCAAACUGACCAUCGUGGAUGCUGUGGGCUUUGGGGAUCAGAUCAAUAAGGAUGACAGGCCCAUAGUUGACUACAUCGACGCGCAGUUUGAAAACUAUCUGCAGGAGGAGUUGAAGAUCCGCCGGUCCCUCUUUGACUACCAUGACACGAGGAUCCACGUGUGCCUCUACUUUAUCACGCCCACUGGGCACUCCCUGAAGUCCCUGGACCUGGUCACCAUGAAGAAGCUAGACAGCAAGGUGAACAUAAUUCCCAUCAUUGCCAAGGCUGACACCAUCUCCAAGAGCGAGCUCCACAAAUUCAAGAUCAAGAUCAUGGGUGAGCUGGUCAGCAAUGGAGUCCAGAUCUACCAGUUUCCCACCGACGACGAGGCUGUUGCAGAGAUCAAUGCGGUCAUGAAUGCACACCUGCCUUUUGCUGUGGUGGGCAGCACAGAGGAGGUGAAGGUGGGCAACAAGCUGGUUCGAGCACGGCAGUACCCUUGGGGAGUGGUGCAGGUGGAGAACGAGAACCACUGUGACUUCGUGAAGCUGCGGGAGAUGUUGAUCCGGGUGAACAUGGAGGACCUUCGGGAGCAGACCCACAGUCGGCACUACGAGCUCUACCGGCGCUGCAAGUUGGAGGAGAUGGGCUUCCAGGAUAGUGAUGGCGACAGCCAGCCCUUCAGCCUCCAAGAGACGUACGAGGCCAAGAGGAAGGAGUUCCUGAGCGAGCUGCAGAGGAAGGAGGAAGAGAUGAGACAGAUGUUCGUCAACAAAGUGAAGGAGACAGAGCUAGAGCUGAAGGAGAAGGAGCGGGAGCUCCAUGAGAAGUUUGAGCACCUGAAGCGAAUCCACCAGGAGGAGAAGCGCAAGGUGGAGGAGAAGCGCCGGGAGCUGGAGGAGGAGACCAACGCCUUCAACUGCAGGAAGGCGGCCAUGGAGGCCCUGCAGUCCCAGGCCUUGCAUGCCACGUCACAGCAGCCCUUGAGGAAAGACAAGGACAAGAAGAACAGAUCAGAUAUAGGAGCACAGCAGUCGGGCAUGAGCCUCUCCAACUCUAAGGUGAUGAUGACCAAAGCCAAUGUGGAACCCUUGAACUGCAGCAGCUGGUGGCCCGCCAUACAGUGCUGCAGCUGCCUGGUCAGGGACGCGACGUGGAGGGAAGGAUUCCUCUGAGGCAGCAGUUUCACCACGUGGGGGCCAGCUCAGGACCAUCAGGGCAUGGAACUGGAGACCAUGCUUUUUAAUGUUAGGACAGAGUCCCCCUCCCCCCCUAGUUUUCACAUAUCAAUAACCCAAAGUGCAAACAGUUUCUAUUGCCAUCAGGGAGCAUCCGGUGUGGCCCAACCCUUUUUAUCCCCAGAGAGUCUGAUAGGUGACGUGGUCACUCUAUGGCUAAGGCAUAUAGAUGGCCAUGCUUGGAAUCUGAGAAAUGUGAACCUACUGUUCAAGAUAAAGGGAGCGGGGAAGUUACCUGUAACUGCUUGACCUGAGGAGAAACCUGCAACCUUGUCUACAGCACCAGUGUUCCAUAAUGAAACUGCCGUUAGUGAUUUAACCUUCAUGCUUCAUAACAGACCAAAACGUCAUGACAUUUCCUCAUUUGCAUAAUUUUGCCUUACUAACAGAAGCAUAUCCUGAAGGAUGGCCUCCAUCCCCCCAACUAAAACCAACAUGAACCGGUGUCUGAUAUUUUUUUUUUAAGUGCCAGAUCAGUACGGUCUAACGCCUCAAUAAGGAUUGUUGUGUAGGUGAAUGAAGACAGCUAAGUGAAUGUGUGUAAAGUAAAGGCAGACAGUUAUUUAUAUACAAUAUUCAUAGAACGGAAAGUUAAAUAUUUUUGCAGUGUGUAUUUAAGAGAGAAACUGAUCAUAAUAGUGCUGUCCAAAUGUCUUUGUCAAGUGAAUUCUGUGUCCUUUAGACGUGAGAGUUUGGUGGAAUGGUGUGGGAUAUAAAGAUAACAUUUUUUUCACUCUUCCGUAUGUUGUGAGCCUUUGUGGGUCACCUCGCCGUGGUGCAUGUGCAAGAACGUGUUGCACGCCUGUGCCUUGCCUGUUCUGUGUUGUAAACAGCUGUUCCAAAGGCACAGAUGAGUCUCAGGGAGACUCUGUAAACUCCUGCUUAUUAUAACCAAGAAGCCCAGCAAUGUUCCUGUGUGGAGGUCCUAGUGAAAUCUGUCCAGAAUAGCCAGCCCUUUCCUCCGCAGCUCACCCAGGGUACAGCCAGAACCACAAUGCUUUAUGAAGUCUUUUACACGUGGAGUUGACUGUAAAAAGAAAAUAAAAGAGGCCAAAGCCCUGCAUCACGUCA